UUGGACAAAACCCUGUAGGGAGGGAUAAGACCGUGUCCUCAUCUUUCUCUCUAUUCCACUUCUCUCUCUCGCUCUAUCUCCUUCCAGAAGCAGCACCAGCAGCAGAGGAAGCAGCACCAGCAGCAGAUGAAGCAGCAGAUGAAGCAGCACCAGCAGCAGAGGAAGUAGAAUCCCCAGAAGAACCGGCACCAGUAGAAGCAGAGGUGUUAGCCGAGGUGGUCGCUGAGACGGCCGCAGGCGAGGAGGCGCCUGCAGCAGCAGAGGAAGUCCUGGCAGAGGUCGCAACCAAAUCCGUCGCUGUCCUAGAGGCGGUUGCAGAGGUUGCUGUGGAACCAGAGGUCGUUGCAGUUGAGGAGGCGCCCGCAGUGGAAGUUGCCGUGGUUACGGAAGAAGCUCCACCGGAGGCUGACGCAGAGGCCGCCAUCGAGGACGUCGCAGAUGCGGCUCCUGGCGUCGUGGAAGAGGUCGUUGCCGUGGAGGCCGCCGAUGCUGUGUCUGACAUCACGUCUGCCUCCAUGAAGCUCCUGGCCAGUUCUGAGAUCGCUGCUGCCUCGGUAGCUGAGAGGAGGCUCAUGCACGCCGUCCAAUACCUAGAAGACCGGACUGAAGAAUCCUCACUCGCUCCCGCCGAGGACAUUCUAGAUUCCCUGGCGGUUCCUGAAGCUAAGGUAGAGGAGGAAGUGUUAUCUGUGGAGGGGGAAGUGGCAGAAGCACCAGCUGCAGAAAUCUUGGAAACUGAAGAGCCCAAACCAGAAGAGGAGGCUGUUGCCACCCCUAAUGUCACAGAGGAAGUGGUUGCUGAAGAGACCCCUGAGCCGGAGGAAGUGGUUGCUGAAGAGACCCCUGAGCCAGAGGAAGUAGUUCCGGUCGUCGUAGAGGAAGCUCCAGCUGCUGUUGCAGAGGAGGAGAUGGCUGCGGCUCCCCUAGAGGCCACAGAGACCCCUGCCACUGUGGAAGCACCUGAGGCUGAGGCUUCUGCCGCUGUGGAAGCACCUGAGGCUGAGGCUUCUGCCGCUGUGGAAGCACCUGAGGCUGAGGCUUCUGCCGCUGUGGAAGCACCUGAGGCUGAGGCUUCUGCCGCUGUGGAAGCACCUGAGGCUGAGGCUUCUGCCGCUGUGGAAGCACCUGAGGCUGAGGCUUCUGCCGCUGUGGAAGCACCUGAGGCUGAGGCUUCUGCCGCUGUGGAAGCACCUGAGGCUGAGGCUUCUGCCGCUGUGGAAGCACCUGAGGCUGAGGCUUCUGCCGCUGUGGAGACAGCCCAAGUGUCUGAGGUUGAGGCGCUCGUCGUGGAGGCUGUGGAGACAGCCCAAGUGUCUGAGGAUGAGGCGCUCGUCGUGGAGGCUGUGGAGACAGCCCAAGUGUCUGAGGAUGAGGCGCUCGUCGUGGAGGCUGUGGAGACAGCCCAAGUGUCUGAGGAUGAGGCGCUCGUCGUUGAGGCUGUGGAGACAGCCCAAGUGUCUGAGGAUGAGGCGCUCGUCGUGGAGGCUGUGGAGACAGCCCAAGUGUCUGAGGAUGAGGCGCUCGUCGUGGAGGCGGCGAUGCUGGCAGCAGCCUCAGCCCUGGAUGUCGAGGCAGUGGAGGCAGAGGCUGCCCCGGCUGAGGAAGUCAAGGAGGCCCUCUUCACUUCAUGCCACCAAUGUGAAGCCCCAGCUUCUGAGGCUGAUGUGGCAGUCACCCCCAUGGAGGUUGUAGAGGCUGCAUCUGUGGGGGAAGUAGAGGCUCCCCCUGCUGGUGUGGAGGAGGCAGUCGUCGAGGGUGAGGCAGUGGAGGUGACCGCAGAGGAGCGCGCCACCGAUUGGCCUGCUGAGGUGACCGCAGAGGAGCACGCCACCGAUUGGCCUGCUGAGGUGACCGCAGAGGAGCACGCCACCGAUUGGCCUGCUGAGGUGACCGCAGAGGAGCACGCCACCGAUUGGCCUGCUGAGGUGACCGCAGAGGCAGUGGAGGAAGCCAAGGUGGAAGGAGAGACUGCCAGGCCAGUAAAGAGGUCCUGCUCAGUGAUGUGAUAGUACAGAAGGUGCACAGAGUAUGAGCCUGAUGUUGCUGAAG